GCACAACGUGACGAUAACAUGUACAACUUUUUUUACAUAAAUAGCCGCGCAGUUAAGUGUAGCGUUUUAUUGUUUUUGGAAUUCGUUUGUGUUAAUAUCUCGUUGCGGUACCAACGCUGACAGCAGUAGUCCCAUCCAGAACAAUUAUAACAUCAAACGUAAUAUACAUAAAUCCGUCGGUAGUAAAUCGUGUAAAAGAACCAGUAAACAGUGUGCAUUCGAGUGGAAUUAUUGUGAAAUACUUUUGCGGCCAUUGGUAGAAGCGUUCUGACAAGCCCACACAACACAUGCCACAAUACAUAUGUAUGUAUGUAUGUACAUGCAUACAUAGGUUCGUAAUUAACAAAUUGUGAACUGCAACAAAAGAGAAACCAAACCAAACCAAACCACAAACACACAAAACAAAAGAAAAACAGCGGGAAAUUCGGCAAAUUUCUGACCAUUCUAUUGGGGGGGUGGUCGUUACACAAUCCCCGCCAAUUGCAACAACAAAUCAUCAGCAGCAGCAGCAGCAGCAACGGAACGAGGUCAUUUUUGUUUGUGCCGCUAGUUUUUCCGAUUUGACGCCAGCCAGCGCCGACGUCGCCCAGAGCAACAGCUGAGAGACACAGAGGCCACCAACAAACGGUUUUAUUUAUUUCCUAUUGGAGCGCACGCGUCAGUGUGUGUGUGUGUUUGUGUGUUUCUUACAUACACUUUUCCCUCAUCGCAUUUUGCCGUUUACAUUAUGGGUCUACUAAGCGAGGGCAGUCCACUCUCCUGGGAGGAGACCAAGGUGCUGGCCGAUCAUGUGCGCGAGCAUGGCGUGAAUCAGUUCAUAAAUCUCUACCACAGACUGAAGGAUCGCCAGGGGGACAUCCUCAAGUGGGGCGACGAGGUGGAGUACAUCAUUGUGAAGUUCGAUGAUAAGCAUAAGGUGGCCCGCGUGGCGUUGAUCGCCCAGGACCUGCUGGCCCAGCUAAACGAAAAGGAGAUGGCCGAUCCCAAGGGCGUGAAGUCGCUGUGGCGUCCCGAAUACGGUGCCUACAUGAUCGAGGGUACGCCCGGCAAGCCCUUCGGCGGACUGAUGGCCCACUUCAAUCUGGUGGAGGCCAAUAUGCGCUAUCGUCGCGAGGAGGUCACCGAGCUGCUGGCCAAGGACGAGUGCGUCAUGUCGAUCACAAACUUUCCGCGCCUCGGAUCCCCCAACUUUACAUACCCCUUGGCCCAGCCCCGUCCAGAGGAUCCCCUCAGCUCGGCCCGGUCCCUCUACUUUCCCGACGAGGCAAUAUUCCCGGGACAUCCACGCUUCAAGACGCUCACCCGCAACAUUCGCAUGCGGCGCGGCGAGAAGGUCUCCAUCAAGCUGAAGGUGUUCAAAGACGCCAAGACAAAGCUGCCCGUGGAGGGGGCACCGCCGGGCGAGCCGGAUGUGGUGCUGCUGGACGCCAUGGGCUUUGGCAUGGGCUGCUGCUGCCUGCAGCUAACCUUUCAGGCCUGCAACAUCACAGAGGCGCGUCGCCUGUACGAUCAGCUGGCCCCCCUGUGCCCCAUCAUGCUGGCCCUGACGGCGGCCAGCCCCAUCUACCGCGGCUACCUCACAGAGUCGGACUGCCGCUGGAACGUGAUCAGCUCGUCGGUGGACUGCCGCACCGAGGAGGAGCGCGGCCUGGCGCCGCUCGAGAACCAAAAGUUCCGGAUCGCCAAGUCGCGGUACGACUCCAUCGACUCGUACCUGUCCCCGGAGGGGGCCAAGUACAACGACGUGCCCAUAACCUAUGACGAGCAGGUGUACAACCGCCUGGUCGAGGGCGGCAUUGACCAUCUGCUGGCCCAGCACGUGGCCCAUCUCUUCAUUCGCGACACGGUAUCGCUGUUCAGCGAGAAGGUCCACCAGAACGACAACGAGGACACGGAUCAUUUUGAGAACAUUCAGUCGACCAACUGGCAGACAAUGCGCUUCAAGCCGCCGCCGCCCAACAGUUCGAUUGGAUGGCGCGUGGAGUUCCGCCCGUGUGAGGCGCAGAUCAGUGACUUUGAGAACGCCGCCAUCGUCUGUUUCGUCGUCCUGCUCACCCGUGUCAUUCUCUCGUACCAGCUGAACUUUUUGACGCCCAUUAGCAAGGUGGACGAGAACAUGCAGACGGCACAGAAGCGCGACGCCUGCCGUGCGGAGAAAUUCUGGUUCCGCAAAUCAUCAAAGACCACCGAACAGCGGGCGGCCCAGGCCCAGGCCAAGGGCGGGCUCCACAUCAAUGGCUGGCAGACACCCGAGGCGGCAGAGAAUGGCAACGGCACGGCCACCAAUGGCAAUGGCAAUGGCAACGAAGAUGAGAGAGAGGAAGAGCCGCUAAACAAUGGCACUUCGGCGAAAAUAAAUGGACAUGGAAAUGGCCAUAGCCGUAAGGCCACGACCAAUGGCACAUCGAAUGGCACCCUAAAUGGCGACUCCACCACCUCCACCAGCACCAAUGGGGUGGACAGCGAUCACACCGACACAGAUGAUGAGGAGAACGAGCUGUUCCAGCUGCUGACAAUCAAUGAGAUCUUCAACGGAAAGUCGAACGUGUUUCCUGGUCUGGUUCCACUGAUCCGCAGCUAUUUGCAGUCCAUGGAGGUAGACACAGACACCCAUUGCACCAUCGAACAGUAUCUGCGCUUUAUCGAAAAGCGUGCCGCCGGCGAGCUGAUCACAACGGCCACCUGGAUGCGCCAGCAAGUACUCAAUCAUCCCGACUACAAGCAAGACUCGGUGGUCACUGAGGGAAUCAACUAUGACAUGCUGAAGCUGAUCCAGGGCAUACAGGAGGGCAAGCAUGUGGAGCCGGCAUUGCUCGGCCAGGGCUAUCAUUCCAAGACCAAGACGAAAGAUUUCAUUCCGCCUGCCCUGCAGAAACAGUUGGCCAAGAACGGCUGCUGCGAGGACAAUGACAAAUGAUCGAGGGAGCAGCAUCAGAAACAUCAGCAUAAGCAUAAGCAGCAGCAGCAGCAGCAACAGCAACAGCGCGCCGAGAACGCUUCAACGACGACGCGUAGGCCGGCCGGCCGGCGCAUGUGAUUCGGUGCCGUCUUGUGGGUCUCUCCUGUCUCUGUCGUGUUGGUUGUCUGGAUCGAAAUGUUUGGUGGCACAUUUACACACACACACACAAUACUUAUCAAUAUUAUUUCUGUAGCAUAAUUUAUCAAUUAACAAUUAGUGUGCACCAAAUCCUAAUUGUGGACAAAUGUUUCGCGGCCAAGUGUGGCCAUCACCUGAUGUGGCAGGGCAGGGCAGGGCAGGGUAGGGCAGGGCAUGGGAUUGGAUAUGACAGAGUGCAACAGCAAAAGCAGAACCAAUGAGAAUGCCAAUGAUGAGAAAGUCUAGCGACUAGUUGGGCCCAUAGCCCUAACAAUAGCAACAAUGUUCUCCCUUUUAUCAUGUUUUAUAUAUAUAUAU